AGUAAACAACAUGAUCUAGCUCCAGACAAAGUGGUGUUUUACGGCAAGAAUUCAGAUGGUUGCUGUAUAGCAAUCGGCACUAAGUUGGCGUUCUUUUUCUUUUUCGGGUUUGUUUUCAUCCAUAUUCCGAGGUGCAGUGGUUGUUGUUUUGCAGUGAAAGGCGUGAAAGUAACAGAACGGCAAGGGAUUGUACCCAGAAUGUACCGUACAAAGCUGUUACCAGAGAAUCGAUUUGUGAUCUUCCCCAUUGCUGCCACUUGCUGAAAGGGAUCUGUUGUUGUUGGUGAAAAGGUGAUUACCUGUGCUGCAGCAAACCAUUCUUUGCCAGCUCAUCACCUCGCGAAACGGUAUCAUUGACAGUGAUUUCGGUGCAGGCACUAGGGGUGCAAGAGUGUGGUGAUGAGGAGAAACGUGCGUACACUGGUGAAGUACGUGUUUGUCUCAGGUGGAGUGCUAUUGUUUCUCACGCUGCUCAUCCGGUCGUUCAGUGAAGAUGCGAAAACAACACUGAACGGUGUGUUUGGGCCGGAGGCGCUCGUGCAGAAGGUGCCGCACGCAAAGGAGGGGUCGUUUUUCAAUGAACCACCGAAAAAUGUGCAUCACAAGCGGAUCGACUGGCAUAACUACGAUCUAAUCCACGAGGAAGCCAAACGUAGCGGCGUCGGCGAACAAGGAAAGGCUGGUCAUUUGGAAAAAAGCGAGGCCGAGCUGAAGGACAAACUGUUCAAGAAGAAUGGAUUCAACGCAGUGUUGAGUGACAAAAUCUCGCUCAAUCGAUCGCUACCCGAUAUACGCCAUCGUGGCUGUCGAAAGAAACAGUACCUGGAUGAACUUCCGACCGUAAGUGUGGUCGUGCCGUUCUACAAUGAGCACUGGAGCACGUUGCUAAGGACUGCAUCAAGUGUGUUGCUUCGAUCGCCUCCGGAGCUCAUUGCUGAGGUUAUCCUUGUGGAUGACUGCAGUACGAAGGACUUUCUGAAGCAACAGCUGGACGAUUACGUAUCGGAAAAUAUGCCAAAAGUGAAGAUCGUACGAUUGCCGGAGCGAUCGGGGUUAAUUACUGCCCGUUUGGCUGGCGCUAAAAUUGCCACGGCUGAUGUGCUCAUUUUCUUGGACUCGCACACGGAAGCAAACGUGAACUGGUUGCCCCCGUUGCUGGAACCGAUUGCUAUCGAUUAUCGUACUUGCGUAUGCCCUUUCAUCGACGUUAUCGAUUGGGAUACGUUCGAGUACCGAGCGCAGGAUGAAGGUGCUCGGGGUGCUUUCGAUUGGAAGUUUUUCUACAAACGGCUUCCUCUGUUGCCCAAGGAUUUGCAAAAUCCUACCGAACCGUUCGAAAGUCCGGUAAUGGCGGGUGGGCUAUUUGCGAUAAGUGCUAAAUUUUUCUGGGAAAUCGGAGGCUACGACGAAGGUUUAGACAUCUGGGGCGGAGAGCAGUACGAGCUGAGUUUCAAAAUAUGGCAGUGCGGUGGCAAGAUGUACGAUGCGCCCUGCUCGCGUGUCGGCCAUAUCUACCGUGGGUAUGCACCGUUUGGGAACCCGCGCAAGAAAGAUUUCCUGACGCGCAACUACAAACGUGUGGCCGAAGUGUGGAUGGACGAGUACAAGGAAUAUCUGUACAUGCGUGAUCGCAAGAAGUACGACAAUACGGACGUGGGAGACAUCUCGCGACAGCUGGCGAUCCGUGAGAAGCUCCAGUGUAAACCGUUCAAAUGGUUCAUGAAACAUGUGGCGUUCGAUCUGGUAGAGAAGUACCCUCCAAUAGAGCCACCGGAUUUCGCGAAUGGCGCCAUCCAGAGUGUCGCCAGUCCCGGAUUCUGCGUAGAUACUUUGAAUCAUGGCGAAAAGCAAACGAUUGGACUGUAUUCAUGCGCGAAAGAUAAGGUGCAGCCACAACCCAAUCAGUAUUUCCAACUGUCCUGGCAUCGGGAUUUGCGUAUCAAAUUCGGCGAAUUGUGUUGGGACGUAUCAGAGAGCGUCCCUAAUGCAAAAAUUCUACUUUACCACUGUCACGGUGGACAGGGCAAUCAGCUGUGGCGGUACGAUCCCGAAUCGCAAAUGCUAAAGCAGGGCAAAAAUAAUCGUUGCCUCGAUAUGGACGUUGACAAUCGGGAAGUAUUUGUGAACCCGUGCGAUCUGGCGAACCCGCGACAAAAAUGGCGCUGGGGCUUCGUUAACACGACCUCGAUAGCGCAGUGGGAUUCGUACGGUGCUAAGGUGAUCGAAUGAACACACAUCACUCUUGAGGUACAAUUCUUUUCAUUUAUCAAGCGUUGGUUGUGAAGCUACUGAAAGGCAGCUGAAAGGCGGAUAGUGAACCGCACAUUUGCUCAAAUCAGGAAGGAUUGUAGCGAAAUUCUAGUUGAAGACAUUAGUUUUAUUCUGCCAUAGUUACGUGCUGUAAGCAGCUGUCUGCUUCGGAUAUUGUACAGAGUUAGACGUCUAAAAUAUAUAAAAACAAAAACUACACCUUACUUUCAGUAUAGAUUUCGGGUUGCUGAGCGAGCAUUCGUUAUGCUCGGGCACAACCCUGGUAAAGCAAUAUUGUAUUAUCCAGCAGCUUCCAUCUUUGAACGACAAAUCAGUAAUUAAAACUAAACUAGAAACUAUUCAACAAA